AAUGCAGUCACGUGGGGGGAAAGCCGUCUGUAAGACAUUGCAUAGUGAAGUUUACAGAGCGUCGACGGACUUUCAGCGAGUUCACUGUUUGCUAUUAGAGCAAGCAAGGAAGAUCGCUCUAGGAAGAACGCUUGCGCUAUCACUGCUCGGCAUCUAUAGGAGUGAGAUGGAUGUUAUUCCUAUGUGCAGCAUCUUUCAGGAGCUCCAGAUAGUACAUGACACCGGAUACUUUUCAGCUUUACCAUCUCUUGAGGAGUACUGGCAGCAGACAUGUCUGGAAUUGGAGCGGUACCUCCAGAGCGAGCCCUACGUCUCGGCCACAGACAUCAAGUUUGAGACGAGUCAAGAGGAUCUCUGGAGCAAACUGAUCCUGGCCUGCGGGGACAAAGCCGAGUCCGACCCAAAGAUCCACACUCACAUUAAGGAGGAGGACAAUCAAGAGGCCAACAGCUUUAACUCCGAUGCCAGCAGUGAGGCGUCUGACAGCUCCGAGGAGCUCUCCCCUCCCCUCGACUUCACCUCCAACCCACUGAGUGACAUUAUGGGAGAGGUAGAGGACCUGAGUUCCAUGGUUAUCAGCACUCCGCCAUCUUCUCCUGAGGUGAACAAGGAGGCCCCCUCCAUAUCCUCCCAGGUGUGGAGCGGUAUACAGACAGUGAUGCACUCGCCUGGGAAAAUACGGACAGGGGGCAUUGGUGGACGAAUGGUGGAGAGGGGAAGCUUAGCCAAUGGGGAGGCUUCUCCAGACGGGAGGAGGCGUGUCCACAGGUGUCAUUUCAACGGAUGCCGAAAGGUUUACACGAAAAGUUCCCACUUGAAAGCACACCAGCGUACACAUACAGGUGAGAAGCCUUACAGGUGCUCAUGGGAAGGCUGCGAGUGGCGUUUUGCACGGAGUGAUGAGCUAACCAGACACUUCAGGAAGCACACUGGGGCAAAGCCAUUUAAAUGCAGUCACUGUGACAGGUGUUUCUCUCGUUCGGACCAUUUGGCGCUUCACAUGAAGAGACACAUCUAAGCGGUGGGCCCCAGGGCAGAGGAGAGCAGAGCAGAGCGGUGUUGAGGGAUGGUCCUGACAGUCUCCUAACCUGUCUGUGGGGAGGCUGCAGUGCCCUGAGAGGGGAGGAAAGCGAGCGAGGGGAGCGUGCUCCAGUGAAAAGCAUGCAGGCCAUUUUUGCACCAUACUUAGUGCCUCCAAGACCUCUCAGAGGAAAGAGCUCUGAAAGGUCGACACAUUCUGAAAAAUAUCACGAAAACCACCAUGGAUGAAGGAGAAUUAUGAAAUUCACUAGAGAGAGAAGAAAGAAAAUGUCUGAGAGGACAAGAAAGAACGUUUUUUUCUCUGUAUGGUGUCUGAUGCUUUGCGGAGUUAGUUCCUGGUUUGAAAAUAUGCAGUGGUACUACUCCAAUAAACGUGUGUUGUUUUCUGUGAGCAUGUGGACUGACUGACUGUGAGCCUGCUGUCAGACUGCCUGGGACUGGGUGCCUGUCUUAGAAUGCCUGUGACUGGGUGCCUGUAUAAGAAUGCCUGUAACUGGGUGCCUGCCUGUGGAUGUACGACUCCUGAGUGGAUGGCUUGUGUUGUGACCUGAAUGGCAUUGAAGGGAUGAUGAGGUUUUUGGCUGAGGUUUUAUUGUCUCGUGGUCAUGAAUGAAUGCAAGCAAAGGAGUUGUUGUGCUCUUGUGUGGAGCUUUGGUUGAGUCUAGGCUGGGUUUGGCAGUGUGUGUGCGUCCCAGCCGUCAGUUUUGAGGUUUGAGAGAGAGCACCACCAUCCGAAUUGCGGUGGUACAUGCUCCUAAACGAGGUUUGGGGAGGGGAGGGGGUUGAUGUUUGGUGCAGCUAUUAAAUGUGCAAUGUAUUAAGUAGCUUGUCUCAAAGUACAUGCUACAAAGCUAAUUUGUUGUCCAUUGUGUAAGCUCAGUAUCUAAAGGCUGUACACAACAUUGAUAUAUCAUUAUACCAGAAGUUGCAUGAUCUUGGGUUUGUUUGUCACUCGAUUAGGCCUACUUAUAACACAGGCAAAUCCCAAUAAUGAGCAGCUAUGCAUCCAUUUUACUCCGUAGAUACCACAGUAUUGUACAGAAACAUAAAGCAGUGAUGUAUUUGUUUCCUUCUUUUCUUUUUUAUGUUUGGAGAUACCACUAUUGCUUGGCAACUGUGUUGAUCAUGGGAUAGUUUUAUUUAUAUUCAGUUUAAUAACUAAUUUCUUUAUUUUUGUCCUCUUGCUCUUCUCUUUUUCUAUAUCUGUAAAUACACUGUGACCUUAAUGAUGCCUUAUGUAAGUGGCCUUGUCCAGAUAAAUAGAUCACUCACGGGGGGGGGGGGG